CACUCCACACACCCGCCUGCCCGACGCGACGCCCAGGAAGAGAAACGGCACUCAUCUAUCUCCAUAAGUUUUGAAAAUGAAGGUUCAUUCGGUAUUUUAACGCUAUUUACGCGCAUAUGUUUCUGGAGUGGUGUUGAGAGAAAUAAUGCUGGAUGGUCGGACUGAUGAAGUUCAGUUUGGAUUUUUGCCGGUUUCUGGGGCUCAGCGAAGGACAAAAACCUUGGUAACUUUUGUGUGGAUGGUGACUAGAUUGACAACUUUGGAUUGCCACCUGCACUGCAUCGCCGCACCCUUCAGUAUCAAGCUCCAAUGAUGAGAUGCCAGAGGAGAUGGACACAGGUGCCCUCCCUGAGCAGAAUGAAGACACACUCUCACAGGAUGUGUUAAUCGGUGAGGAGGGUCUCAGCGAGGAGGAGAAGGCCAGACGGAAAGCUGAGAGGCGAAAAGCCAAGAGGAAGCGUCAACGGCAGCGUAAGAAACUGGAGCGGGUUAAAAAGGAUGAAUGCACUGAGCAGGGGGAGGAGAAUGCCGGAGCUGAAUCUGAACUCGAGGAGUCGGAGGAUUCUGACCCAGAGGAGGUGGAAGAGAUCAGCCUUUCAAAGGUGGAAGAGAAGCCAGUGGCUCCUCGGAGUAGAAGUCAUGCCGGACCUACACUGGCUUCAGGGAACAAUAGCAACCGGCAGCCGGUGACUCGCUCUACUGAGGAGAAAAAAGAUAACUGCAUACAGGUUUGGAACGACAUGAGGGAACCAGAGUGGGAUGUAAACAGUGCUUUUGUUGCCAAUGCUGUCAGUCACAUCCGACCUAAAGCCAAGAGUAAAGGAGCUCAAAAGUCAAAAGAGAACAAAGAAAACGAGAGCAGGACUGGAGAACAGGACAUUGGUUUAGCAGAUGCUGUAACUAAAAGAAGUGCUUUACUAGUAGAAAAAGGGAUCCGAUUUGUUCAGGAGGGCCAGUACUCGCUUGCUCUUAGUCUGUUUACAGAAGCCAUCAAAUGUGAUCCAAAAGACCACAGGUUUUUUGGAAAUCGCUCCUACUGUUACUGUUGUUUGGAGCAGUACCCUUUGGCCUUAGCGGAUGCUGAGAUGUCCAUCCAGAUGGCUCCUGAUUGGCCCAAAGGCUAUUACCGUAGGGGAAGUGCACUUAUGGGGCUUAAGAGGUACAGUGAAGCUGAGAAAGCCAUGGAGCAGGUGCUAAAGCUGGACAGAGAUUGCGAAGAAGCUGUCAAUGAUCUCCUUUACUGUAAAGUGCAACAACUUACGGAUUUAGGAUAUGAUGAGGAACAGAGUAUCCAAUUGCUGGAAAAAUACAAGACAGUGCAGGCUGUUGUUGCAGCCAGGGCAUCAAAUCAGGACUGUGCAUUACUUCAGCUAGGAAGUCCUUGCAAUUCCCUCUGGGUGGGUAACGUAACCACAGAACUGACAGAGAAGCAUCUGCAGGACCUUUUCAAAAUUUAUGGAGAAAUUGACAGCAUUCGGGUUCUGCACGAACGUUUCUGUGCCUUUGUAAACUUUAAGAACGCUGACAUGGCCUCCCGUGCAAUGGAGAAACUCAACGGACAUCUUAUUGAGAAUACCCGUCUAGUGGUUCGAUAUCCAGAUAGACGGAUUCAGAGAGCCCUGCCAACACCUGCCAUUCAACAACCAGCAGGAGCUGCUGGGCCUAGACGCAGAGGUCCUGUCAAUGGAGAUGAGUGUUAUUUCUGGAGGACCACUGGCUGUCAUUUUGGAGAUAGGUGUCGCUACAAGCACAUUCCUGACCACAGAGGCAAAGACUGGCAACCUUGAGUCAACACUAGCCUCCCCUUGUGUCUCCCUCUGAACUCUGGGAGAUGCCUGCAUGACUGUAGGGGACUGUUAUCUUCACUUUGAUAUUCUGUAGGUCAGGACCAGGAUUGUGGAUCAGAGUCUUGUGACAGUUCUUUCUUGCAGCGUUAUGAGUUUACUGUCAGACUCUGAAUCUCACGGUGG